AUGACUCCAAUUCCGAACUUUUCGCCGGUGUCGCCUCGAUCUAUUCUUGCCGUGGGCGCAGUCCUACCCUCACUGGCUGCUAUUGCGGUCUCCCUUCGAUUCUACGUCAGGCUCUCAAGGCCAACCAAAAUCUGCGCGGAUGAUUGGUUGGUGUUGGCUUCUCUCGUACUUACUAUUGGGCUCGGUGUAAUGUUGAUUGUUGGUCAACCCACGCCACUGGGUGAUGGCCCUAUGGGCUUCAUGUUUGUUCUCAAUCGAGCCAUUAUCAUCACAGAGAAGAUGAAAUGGGCCUUCAAUUUAAUGCAAGUUUUUGUAUUCGGCACAGUCAAGCUCUCCGUGAUCUUUUUCUAUAGAAGAAUCUUUCGAGGGGUGGGUUUUGAUGUCUGCUCAAAAACCUUGAUAGCCAUUGUCUGUGCCUGGACAGUGUCUUUCUUCUUUACCGUCCUUUUCCAAUGCGGAACCAAUCCGUGGGCUGUUUGGUCAACUCUAAAUGAUUUCUUGACGCAUUGUUCCAACGAAGUGAUGUUCUUGAAAGCGCUCUCGAUCUCGGACGUAGUCACCGACGGUCUCAUACUGGCAUUACCGGUACCAAUGGUCUGGAAGCUGAAGAUGUCUCCAGCUCGCAAGCUGGCUGUUACAGCAGUCUUCUUCCUGGGCGCACUAGCCAUUGCGGCGGGAGUGACCCGUCUUGUGAUAUUUUUUCAACAGCUGAACGAUAGCUAUUCUGUUUCGCAAGGAAUCCUCCUUAUGUCUACCUAUAUGUAUUGGUCCAUGGUUGAGAUGGGAUUGACCAUCAUCGCAGCCUGCUUACCAACGUUGCGGCCCCUGUUUGGCGAAAUAGUACCGGGCGAUAUAUCGAAAAUUUUCAGGAAUUUUUUGUCACUGCGAUCAUUUCCAUCCGAUGGGUCUUUCCGACCCAAGAACUGGAAGUUGCGGAAGGAGUCUGAAAACACUACGAAUUUGUCACAGACUGAAUUUGCCCAGCAGAAGGAUCAUAAGGUCGCCACCGAAGUUUAUGCUAUGGAUGACAUUGAGGCGCAGAAACAUACACAUCCAAGAGGAAUCAUUAUUAAAAACGACGUAUCUCAUACUUCUACAGCCCGCUAG